GGGAAAGAACCCUAGGUUUCUUGCUUCCAUUGAGGUUUGCCCGCCCGUGCAGCGUAGCGGUUGCGGAAACAGCAAGCUAGGGUUGAUUGCAACGUGCGAUCGGUGAGUUCGAUCGGCCCGGGGGACGUGUAGAUGCGCACGGCUGAUGCUCUGCUACCGGGCCGUUCACUUCUCGUGCGACGUGGUGGGGCGGUGGAUUCGGUAUGAUGUGAGGUGGGGAGGGUUUGUGGCAGUUUUUUUGAUGUGCCAAGGAUGAUUGAAGAUGCCGGGUGCGAUUGGAGCUGGAUCUGUGACGGUAUUGAACCGGAUGGUGUGUUUGAACGUUUCGUGCGUGUUCCUGUAAUGUGUGUGAGGUUUGGGAUCUGGAUAUUGGUGUAGUAGGGAUUUUGGAAGCAGACAGGGCAGGAGAGGAGUGCAACUGCGGGGGCGUUGUUGUGCGGGAAGAGGACAGUCUAUUGAGAUUGUGGUCCGGGUGUAUCUAUUGCAGGGUCGGGAGCUUCGGUGGUGGUACUUGGGAAUGCUUUCCUUGCUGUAGUUUAUUUGAUUGAAGAGAGUGUUAUAUUCUGGGGACGAUGGCCGCCCUGCAUUUGUAUGUGCUGUGCGAGCGUGGCGUCGUUUGGAGCGUUCACUACGUUAGGGGCGUAGCAUCACUCUGCCGAAAACAUUACUGUAGUCUCGACAGUGAUAAACUAAAUCUCAAAAUGGAUCUUUUCUCUCGUCAGCAGGAGGCGAUAUCCUAAAUGCGAAUGUCAAAUUUUGGGAGACUGUGAAGCUGGAACAUACUUUACCUCUUAGGAUUGAAUUUGGGCAGGCAGAACAACAGGACUUUCUGAAUUCCGAGGUAAUUGCUAUGCUGUGAAGUGGAACACUAGUAGCUGAGUAUUAAGUGGCGCCACCCUGUUCGAGACCUGCAUUGGUGAAGACAGGGUUGCUGGCACAGUUCAUCACACUUUCUGAAAUUAUCGAGAAUAAUCAGAUUUUCAGGGUUCGUGGGACGAUACUUCUGGCGGUUCUCGUGCGCGGACAUUUUGUGAUGACCUGGUUGAAAGUACUUAGUUCUAAUUUUCUUGACUUGGGGUACUCUUCUGGAAGAUGAUGGGACGAGGCGCGGAAGGUGGUUCUCACAAGCUAGUUGGUAGUUCGAGUAUCCGUGGCUCAAAUGCAACAGUAGAUAUUUACAGCCAACUACUGAAUGAAGUAGUAGCAGACGAUGCAUCUCGUGAGAACCCUGAACACCCUGGGGAGGUAUCGUUCCCCGUGUCCCUUGGUUCUUACUCUGUGAAAGGUGCAGUACUUUUGGACAACAAACGAAAGAACCGAGCAAAGAAAACACAACCCAGAAGCCGCGAUAGUAAACCAGUCGGUAAGCACAAGCAUCAUGCAGAUUAUCCACCAUCAGCUGGCGAUGCUCCUGUUGGUCUUUUCUGGACGCAGAUGGAUGACUACUUUCGUGACGUGACGACUUCAGAUGUCCAGCUACUUUUGCCAACAACCAGUUUUCAAUUCAAUGAAAGUGGUAAUGUGGUGGAUCAUUGUCUUUUGAUUCCGCCUGUAGGUCGUCACUACACUGAGAAAUGGGCCGAGGAGGAUUUGCAACAGGCCGAUUUAGUAGUAGAGCAGAGUGUUCCCCGUCCUAAGCGGAAGUUACCUUCAAGCGGUCCUACCAGCAAAAAGAACAAGAAGAGUGGAGAAUUGAUAACCGUCAUUUCGCCACCACUUGAACAUGAGGAUGGGGAAGAGUUAUGUCACGUUUGCAAUUGUGGGGACAGUGAUGAAAGUAAUCAUAUUUUAUUCUGCGACAGUUGCAACGUAGCUGUCCAUCAGGACUGUUAUGGUGUGCGACCAGUUCCCGAGGGCCAAUGGCUGUGCUCCUGGUGUAGUUGGAAGUCAUCCAUGAACGUCGAAAGCUGCUCAGGCGCGGUGGUGUAUGCACCUACACUAGUACCGCUAGUGUGUGUGCUUUGUCCUUCGAAGGGGGGUGCCUUGAAACCAGUGGUUGAGGUAGAUAGCAAAGAGACUAUAGGAAGAAGAGGCACGAAGUUUGCCCACCUCUUUUGUAGUCAAUGGGUGCCGGAGACCUUCAUCGGGAAUAUGGAGGUUAUGGAGCCUAUCCGUAACAUAGAGGGUGUGCGUGAUGAGCGUUGGCGCCUGCUGUGCAGCAUUUGCAAAGAAAAGCAUGGUGCUUGUAUCCAGUGUAGCCAUGGAAUGUGCGCAACUGCUUUUCAUCCUCUAUGUGCUAGAGAGGCGAAGUACUACAUGGAGGUGUGCAGCAUGGAAGAUAGUGAGGAUAUUGAAUAUAGAUCCUACUGCUCAAAGCAUUCGGCUGCUCAUAUGGGAAAAGCUUCGGUGAUACCGAAUGAGGAUGUUGAUGCCGGUACAUCUCAAUUGAAGCUAACAGAUGCGGCGGACAAUGCCACUGAUGUUGAUGCUAGAACAAGCAAUGAGCCCUCAGACGAGAAGUCUCACUUAACGGAUAUAAUGAACAAGGAAAAAAUAUCUCCUGAAUCUGGUAAUAACCCCUACUUUGUGGACGAUGCCCAGCAUGAGAUGGACUUUAGUAACCUUGAUGGUAGUCAAAAUAAUGUCUCGAAUUCAGGAAACCCGGUAGUGGAGUUCGAAAAGUUUGAAGACCAUGGGAGCAAGUUCAGGGACCCAACUGAAGAACGGUUCGAACAGAUGCAACCAUCUGAUCGUGUGCAGCAGGGAUUUGAACAGGAUUCACAUCUGGCAGCAAGCCCAUCUUUCCAGUCCUGGGAGGCUUUGCAACCACUCUCUGAUACUGCGGAUUUGUUUAAGCAAGCAGCAUCCAAGUGCAACGUGAUGUCCGGUGAUGAGAUUGAAGAGAAGAGCAGCUUGAUUAAAAGUGAUCAUUCUGACCUUCGCUGCAGUAUUGCCUCAAAGGAAGGAAUUACAGGACAAGGCGUCCUCGCGGUGGCAGAGGACCAUGCAUCUGGUGAAGUGGCUACUGCUUGUGAUAAUAAAGGGGGUGAGGAGCAGCAGCAGCGUAGUCGCAGUGUGGAACAUGGAAAGGAAACUCCUAGUCCUGCAAUUGGGAUUGAAGGGUUGGAGGAGGAUAAUUCAAAUCCUGAAGCCACACAUUCAGACAAACAACAUAAAGAAGAGCUACAAAAAGAUGUUCCUCAGUCUUUUGCGCAUCCUCAAAUUGAGCAAAGACUGAGACAUCUACUUACUAGUGAGUCGAAUCGCCAGCUGUCAGACAUUGAUCAUCCUAUUGAUAAGAAAUCGUCCAAGGCUCCAACGAGAGCUUUUGAAGGUGGUGCCACCGACUCGUUAGAGGAGCAAUGGGAACAGUUGCGAGCAGCAGAUAAGGAAGGUGUGCUAAAGUUGGCACCUAGUGACGAGAUCGAAGGGGAGAUAUUGGUUUUGCAAAACUCUCUACUCGACCAUGCUGUUGAAAAUCGUUUAAAUUGCGAGAUGUUGAUCGCGAAGCUGAUGCCGAAAUUAUCUGAAGAGCGUGCGCUAUCACUCAAACGCGCAAAAGAGUUGGAUUUCGUGCAUCGUUACAUGUCGCAGAAGCGAGAAGUAAAGAAACAAGGUCGCAAGGAGAAACGUCACAAAGAAGCGCAGGCUGUCUUGGCGGCUGCAACUGCUGCUGCCGCUGCUUCUCCUCGAGUUGGCUAUAUCAAACGAGAUGCGUUGUCUCUAUCUGACAUCGACAAUCAACCCUCGAGUCCAUCACAUGAAAUUAAUUUUGGCUACGGUUCUGGUGUGCUGUCAAGUUCGAUUCGCCACUUCAAGCCACCUGUUCCAAGGGUUGGCCAUGUCCCCAGUAGCUCGCCCCAUCAUCCUCUUUCGGCCCGCUCGGGCUAUCAGGCUAGACUGGGCACAGAACUGGCAGUCUUAAGGACCGGCCACGGGCAGUCACAUUUGGAGGGUGGCGAAUCUGCUUGUGAUGUGUGCAGCAGUCGAGAGUCUUCUCGAGCCAAUAAGAUUGUGACUUGUAACAGCUGCAAAGUGAAUGUUCAUCAAGAAUGCUAUGGAAUCGGGCGUAUUCCUCCGGGGGUCUGGUUUUGCCAGCCUUGUGCUGAGCUGCAACGACAGUCUCAAAGUUUGAGAUCACCUGGUGUCGGUGGUCAGGCUAAUAUGUUGUGGGCACAGUGUGCCCUUUGCUGCCGUGGAGCAGGGGCUCUUAAGCGUUCAACCGACGGUCGAUGGGUGCAUGUCUUCUGUGCUCAGUGGAUGCCUGAAACCUCGACUGGCAAGGAUCAAGCGUCACUUAUUCAGGGGAUGGAAAAUGUCAACCCGGAACGUUUUGCGUUACUUUGCAGUGUUUGUCAACGUCAAGAGGGCGCAUGUUUGACGUGCAAUUUUGGACAUUGUCAUGGUGCAUUCCAUCCACCAUGUGCGCGGCUUUCGGGAUUGUAUAUGACCGUCAGAGUCAGUGCCGGUGGGCGAUUGCAAUAUCGGGCAUACUGUGACAGGCAUAGUAUUGUUCAGAGAGCCAAGGAUGAACAGGUGGAACAGAGGCAGCGCAGUGAGACUGAGGAACUGCAUGCUCUACGGCAGAUUCGGGUAGAGUUCGAGCGUGUGCGUCUCAUGUGUGAGCGCAUAUGUCGUCGUGAACGAUUGAAGAGAGACAUGUUGCAGACGACGAGGGACAUCAUUGUAGCGCAACUAUUUUCUGCUGGUCACACUGGGAUGAUCAAUUUAGAGCAGUUGGAACCAGCUGGAAUGUAUAGAAGUGAUACUCAAACGGUUGGGGGAGAACUGUCAUUUGCAUCAGUACAACAAAUGCCAAAUACUCACCAGCUCAAUCCGAUCGUCAACUCAAUUCCCUCUGAAGAGCCAAAAGAGCACACUAGACGGCUUAAGAAAGUGAAGAAGCAGCAUGGACGCACGAGGCUGCACCGGGAGCAACUGAUGACGCCUAUGGAGGCGUCUAUAUUAAAUAUGCGGUUACCAAAAGGUUACGCAUAUGUCCCAGUUGAUGUAUAUGUGAAAGGUACUAUAGCUCCUACGCAGGCGGAUAUAGUUGAAAAGCAGCAGCAGCAGUUACCGCCUACAUCACUACCUCCCUAGGUCAGCUGCGAUCAGCUUCUCUGUGCAAAUCCAGGUUUUAGACUUCUGUUCUUUGAUCAAUUAAUCAGAUUGGAUAUGGUGAGGUUUGUUGUGGUAAUUCAUUAGUUUCUACGUAAGGAUCUUUUGUAGUCAUGAAGUAAAACUAUUUCAGGUCACACCAUACAAGGCAAAUUGCCAUUGAAAUCAGUAUUUCAGUUUCUUAGGUCUGUAAUUCACUAUCAAAUUUUCGAAGUGGUUGCUGAGGCAGCUUCUUGACCUUUUCCCA